GCUGUCCCCGUCCUGGUGCGAACACGAGUGGUGCGGGACCUGCAGCUCCCCGCAUGCAUUGGCUCAAGCCACUGUUCCAGAACUCGGGUGUGAGAUCGCAAAUGCAGUGGGCGGGGCAGAUCUUUGGAGAGAGAUUGUGGUGGUAAGACUGGAAGCUUCAUGAAGGCACCUAGAACAGUGCCUAGCACACAGUAGGUAUUCAACAAACACUUGUCUAACAAGCAGAUUAAAAAAAAACAAACAAACUGGUCCUGUUGAUAGAACAUUGAGAACAGAUUUGUUAUCCAUGUCCUUGUUUGGAGACCGCCCGACUCCUACUCCUAUUAGAUUAGGUGCAGAAAGACUUGCCUUUAUCCAAAAAGACAUUUUCUAUUGAGAUGCAUGCUAAUCUAGGUACACGGUCAAGUAUGUGAGGGAUGCAUGGAACAUGCUCCAGAAUCUCAGGUAGAAACUCCUACUCAAAGGAAGAUACAUUGGGCUGCUACUCUCUUUAUAGAAACAGUGUUUUUCCUUUUUCCUAAUCUCUGAUUAUGUGUUUCUUCUUUCACUUAUUCAGCAAGUAUUUAUUGAGCAUCUACUAUAUACUAGGUGCUGUCUUUUAGGAAUUGGGGACCCAAUAGUAAAUAAAAUAGAGUCCCUGCCUUCAAGAACCUUAUAGUCCAAUAAAAGAAACUUACAGUCCAGUCUAAUACUUUCAGCAAAACCACCUUGAUUCUUGCAUGGUUUUCUCUAAUAGUUUACCUUUAUUAUCUAUGAUUUUCCAUUGAACAAGCAUUUUAUUAAAAGUUUUAAUUACUGAACAAAGUAUAAAAUUUACCAUUCCAGUUGAAAGGGUUUUUGCCUUUCAAUAGCAAUUUUGAAAUAGCUCUUAAUCAAUGUGGAGAUUAUGAUGCAUUGUCUUAAUUAACAAAUGGCUACAUUUAACUUUAGUCACAUUGCCAGGAUCCUAUUGCAUGCCAUGACUUUUUUUUUUAAGUGGAAAAUAGUACCAGCAUGACCAGAAGAGGACGUGGGGUCUGCUCCCCAGGUCGGUCUGUUAGCUUGGUAAACCGUAUUGUCCAACUCACUAGCUAUCCCGAAACGAUAGAGGAAGAGGGAAGUGAAGCGGGGUCUCCUUGUGAAGAGGAGGAACCGGCUGGCCAAACGGAUGCUGACGGGAAGCCUUCUGCUGAUGGGUUAGCAUUACCCGCUGGCAGUGGUGAGGAGAAGCCUCCUCCAGAGGGGGCUGCGGUAGCACCAGCUCCCAAGUCUGAAGAAAAAGAUGCUGCUGAAAUCCAAAAGCGCAGAAGGCUAGAGCAAGCUGGGAUCAAGGUCAUGCCCGCAGCACAGCGUUUUGCCAGUCAAAAGCAACUAAGUGAUGAGAAAGAAGCUGUUCACGAUAUCAUCCUUUUGAAAGAAAACCCUUUCCUGGCCCACCAACGUGGCAAAAAUUCAGAGUCGGAAGGGGAAGUUGCGCGCCGACUGCCUGACCUGGAGAAAGAUGACUUUGCUGCCCGGAGAGCCAGGAGGAACCAGACCAAGCCGACGGUGCCCCUGAAUCAACUCCUCUAUGGGCCUUACCGGAAAAAAGAGGCAGAGAAACCAGAGAGCAGCAAACAACUUUCAAAGGGGAUCUCAGAAAAGAAAAGUCUAGAACACAAAAGAAACCAGGGCCAAACAGAAGAAGUGAAGUCAGUAGUGACCUGUGUCCUGCGGGCUCGGGAGAGCGGACCUGCGGAGGAGGGACUCAGGAAGGUGCCGGAUAUCCACAAGGACGACCUGGCACAGCGGAGGAUUCAGGGCAGCCUCGCCCCUCCCCGCGAGGCUCCGAGCUUUGUCGGCGGCUCCAGCAUCACGGAAGCCGACCUGGAGACCUGGGAGAGACUGAAAGUGUCAGGGCAGACGAGGUGUGUUAUGUUUUCCCCGGCAGUGGCGCUAUUGAACUUUGAAGGAAUCCAGUGCUUAGCCUUCGAUCAUUUUUUGUUUUCAUGGCUGGAAAUAGUUAAUGCCUCUCAAAACACAGAGUAUAUUCUGCAUGAGUUGAGAGUUACUAAUACAAAAGUUACAAGCCAUGGGGAUGGAAAACUUCCUCUUUAAUCCAACCAACUAAUUGUGAAUGGUUAUUAUGAUAGGCUUGUUUGCUGUAAGGAAUUUAAACUUGAUUUUUAAAUAAUUUUAAUAUUUCAUCAUACCUAAGAUUUUUUAUGCCAUCACUUAUGAUGUUGGAAGUGAUAUUUGUUAAAGCAAUAGACACUGAAAGCCCUAUUUACCCCUUUGAUUGAUGAAUGGGAAAGCAACUCUGCCCUAGCCAUAGAAGUAUCUUUCAUAUACGUAGCGCCUAAAAGAAAGGAAAGAGAAGAAAAACCUCUUAUUGACUUGUAUUUGCCUUAGAAACCUUUGGAACUCAUUUCUGGUUAUAACUAGGGAUGAAGACGUUGAGCAUGCCUGUGCCCCUGAGCCCUCGCCAGAAAUUAAAGC